CAACACCGGCUGGCCAGGGAUGGGAUCAAGCUUGGGCCCAGCCCAACACAGGGACACACAUCACCUGAGGAACUGACCCUGAAACCAGGGAGAGCAGAGAUUGGCUUCAGACAAUGGCCACUUCGGUGGGGACAUUCCCAGCUGCUCUGUUGACUCCAACACCUGCUUUCCAGCUGACAGCAAAUACCACCAGCGAAGGUGAGGAGAAUUGCAUCUUCAAUGAGGAGUUUAAAUUCAUCUUGCUGCCCGUGUCCUAUGGGUUUGUCUUUGUGGUGGGGCUGCUGCUCAAUUCCUGGGCCUUGUGGAUGUUCAUCUGUAAGAUGAGGCCCUGGAACGCCACCACCACCUACAUGUUCAAUCUGGCUGUCUCAGACACUCUGUACGUGCUUUCUCUCCCCACCCUGGUCUAUUACUAUGCUGACCGCAACAACUGGCCCUUUGGGGAGGGACUCUGCAAGAUUGUGCGCUUCCUCUUCUAUGCCAACCUAUACUGUAGCAUACUCUUCCUCACCUGCAUCAGCGUGCACCGCUACGUGGGGAUCUGCCACCCCAUUCAAUCGCUCGGGUGGGUGAAGACCAAGCAUGCCCGCCUCAUCUGCGUGGGUGCGUGGUUCAUUGUCACCAUCUGCCUCAUACCCAACCUGAUCUUUGUCACCACCAGCACCAGCGGCAACAACACUCUUUGCCAUGACACCACCAAGCCCGAAGAGUUUGACCACUAUGUGCACUACAGCUCUUCAAUCAUGGCCCUCCUCUUUGGCAUCCCCUUUCUGGUGAUCGUCGUGUGCUACAGUCUGAUGGCUAAGAGGCUUUGGAAACCCAGCCCAUCCAGCUCCAACCAGAGCAUCCCCUUCUACAAGAAACGCUCUAUCAAGAUUAUCAUCAUUGUAAUCACAGUCUUUGCCAUCUGCUUCCUACCCUUCCACAUCACACGGACACUGUACUAUACUGCCAGGCUCUUCCAAGCCAACUGCAGGACCCUCAACAUUGUCAACUUCACCUACAAGAUCACACGGCCUCUGGCCAGCAUCAACAGCUGCAUAGACCCCAUCCUGUACUUCCUGGCUGGGGAUAAGUACAGGGGAAGGCUGCGUCGGGCUGUGCUCAAAAUGCCCAAAUCUGAGAACCCAUCUACUCUAGCCCUUGUCUCACAACUCAAGAAGAAUGGCUUCUCCACCUCCCGAGGUGCCAGCUACUCCAUCAAUGAUGCCUGAGAAAAGGGGGUGAAACUGACAGACAAUGGAUGCAGCAAGGGGUAUUGAAAGAGCUAGAGCCUGGGGAGCCAGUAUGCAUCUAGGCCAGAAUGUAGGACCAGCAUUAGGGAAGCCAGUAGAGUUGCUGGGUUAGUCUCACUCCAGAACGGAGGUCUUCUCCAUCUCCUCCUAAUCUCUGUGAAUUAUUUCCCCACUGUGCUGUGUCUGCUUCUCACACAAACAUUCUGGCACCAGGUUUAACCUCUGAAUGCUUUUGAACUAGGUGGUUUACAUUCCCACUCUCCGAGCAUGCUCCACCCCUCACACAGACCAAACAUCCAUCUCAGAGCCAGGGAUAUUCCCUGUCUUGUCACAGCAUGGGAGAACUGCCCAGAGUAAUGCCAAUGGGAGUGCAGAGAGAAGAGACCCCUACGUCCCAUAAGGAAAUGGAGGAGGCCAGAGGGAUUGUCUUAUGAAGAGUACGAGAGACUCACAGGUAGCGAAUUCCCUGCUUCAGACGCAAGUGGACAAGGCAGCCAGGGCAGGCAAGGAAGCACUUUCAGGGCACUGGUUCUAGCAAUGCAGAAGAGAGACUGGGGCUGGCUCUGGCAAGAUGCAGGUGAUGGGGUAGGGAUGCACACAGAGUUAAAGCCUGCGGAGUGGCCAUGGAAUUGUGUGUGUAUUGUACAUGCUGUUACAUGUCUCUGUCCCUUUGUGUAUGGGAGGGCAUGACUCACCCUUUAACUAACAGAGAAGGCACCACAGCACCUUUGCUCCCAACUCUCCUAGCUCCAGGUGGUUGGAGGGUGGGCAGAGCCCCCAGGACAAUGAAGCCCAUGAAAGCAACUAAUUGAUCCAUGAAUAAAAUGUUUUCCUGAGCAAUUUUCUUAAGGCCCAGGACUGUUUCCCUCCCUAUUGCCACCAGGAAAUCAAUAAACAGGAGAGAACUGGCAUGCAUGAGAAUCUUUUAAAUGCCUCAUUGAAGGUCCAUUUGGCUCAGCCAGGCUAUGACAUGUCCAUUGCUGAAAGCUGAGAAAGGAUGGAAUGCCAGGUGACACGUCUGCCCGGGCUCAGUGGCUUGGCACAUUUCCUUCGGGCUUCAGGAGAGUUCAGAGCCAGUUUCACCCCUCAGGACUCUUGGAAAUGGCCAGAGUGAGUUUUCCAUUGCAGUCAGAGUGGGGAAAUAACUGAGGGCACACCUGCUACCUCCUGAUAGGUCUUGUAAAGGGGAAGGCCCAGGUGGUUUCCCAGGGCCUCCAAAGCAGGUCUUAGAUGAUUUGUGAGGUUGGUAUUGUACUGAAUGGAGACUCCAAGCUCAGCAUGUUUUACACCUACAUUGCUCCUGCUGGGGAAAUUUUCCCAGUCCCUUUAGAUCUGCACUUAGUGGGCUCAAGUAUUCAAAUGAAAGGUUUGAGACUCAAGAAGAAAGGCCUGUGGUAGGAAGGGGGCAUUUCCCCUGCUUUUUUGCUAAUUUUCCCCACCAGAUCAUACCUGAAAUGGCUUUCACACACCCCAGCACCAUCCACCCCCACUCCCACCAUGUCUCAGUGCCUCUUGCCCAACUGAGGAUGGGCUUGUUUACAUAGGUUCUGGCAUUUCAGCCUCUGAAAUAUGCCCCUUAGAUUCGUGGUGAGAGUCAAGAGGCAAGGAAGAGUCACCACUUAAUGUUCCAUUUUUCUCUGCCAAAUAUUAGCCGAACUCCAGCAAGCAUUUCUAAAGCCAGUGAAACGCUUCCCCCAGCCCCCGACAAGUCCCUAGCGUGACCUGACUUGGCACCACAUGUGUUAGCAUUUCUGCAAAGAAGCCAGGAAAUUGGGAGUGUAAAGUACAUAGAGGCACUAUAAUAGGAAGUUAACAAGCUCUUUAGAAUGUUUCCUUUAUUGGUAUUUACUUUUGAAAUGUUUGCAGAGCUCUAUUGUUUAAUUGUGUGGGCAUAUGGUGCUAUCCGCUAGGGAGUAUACAGGUGAGCGUGUAAAGUGCUCCAGCGAUAAUGCUGGAUGAUACUAAUGCACUAGGUUGUAAUGAAUUAGAUAUUCCACAUUCUAGAAUUCAUGAGCCCAGCCUGCCUUCUGUGGGGAGCAGAGCUAGGGCAGGAAGGGGGUCCUGC